GGGAGUGGUGGACGAAGAAGAAGAAGACGACGACGACGACGGGGCAGGAGGAGGAGGAGGAGGAGCAGGGGGAGCAGAGGAAAGUGCCAGCAUGGCGUUUACACUGUACUCUCUCAUCCAGACCGCUAUUCUAUGCACAAAUGCAAUCGCCGUGUUGCACGAGGAGCGGUUUCUCAGCAAGAUCGGCUGGGGUGUUGACCAGGGAGUCGGGGGUUUUGGGGAUGAUCCAGGAGUCAAAGCCCAGAUCCUCAAUCUCAUCCGCUCAGUCCGGACUGUCAUGAGAGUGCCUUUAAUAAUAGUGAAUUCAGCCUGCAUCGUUCUGUUGUUGCUGUUUGGAUAAUACGGCGCGCCAGUAUGAAGCCAGAGGACCGGACACGGGCCAAGGAACAACUACACACACUCACACAGACACACAACGCAUUGUGUGUCAUUUAGAGACUUCUGCCGUUGCCAGUCUUCAGCAGUGUGGAAAAUGUUUUCCAUAACGGUUGACAGGGGAAUAGAGGGGGGAAAAAAAAAAACAAACAAACACCAAACUCAUCUUUGGAACUGAAACAAAAGAGAAUUCAGUCACCACCUGGUCAAAAAUAAAGCUUGGGUUGGCCCCUAACCUCCCCGUCAACGUGACACCAAUCGGAAAAAAUAUAAAAUAAUGUAACCCUUUGGUUCUGUUUUGUGCCGCACAGUGUUUUCCUCCACUCUAACCAUCACAUGUUCCGUCCCAGACACACUGAAGGGAAUCUGUUUCAAUGAUUUCAUGAUGAUGUGUGUCAUAUGUUUUAUUUUAGUGUCACCAAGGAGGAACUUCUUACUUUUGAUACAUAUGGGAAAGAAUUGUUUUCAGCAGCGGGGCCGGACAAUAUUUCCACUGAUUGUUUCACUCCCCGUAACAGUACAGUUUAGUAUGAUGGCCAGCACCCAGUCUUCUGUACCAAAGCAGGCGACAGUAUACGGUACACGUCUUUUUGAUCUGGGGUUCAGCCCUGGUUCUAACCAAGCGGUUUCCCAGGGGGAAGGGUGAGGCAGCAGUAGAGACUUGAAUAUGUGCUCGUAGACAACGUUUGGAGAUCACAAAUGAUGCUGACGGCUGCUGCUGCUAAGAAAGUCUAAACUGUGAACCCUGUCCGCUGAGCAGUUUUUUUUUAAGGACUUCCGUAACAUGGGUACACAGACAGAAGGAGAUAUUGAGGCUUUGUCGACACUUUGUCAGGAACACUGUUACUGUCGUGUUUUUCCUUCUAAUGGCCCUGCACAACUCUAUGGAGACAUUUUGCUGGAUAAGAGGUGUCGCGGACUGUUAAGUCAUUUGUGACGGUGAAGGAGACUUGCAACCGACUUAGUGUUUCACAGUCCCAAACCUGAAGAGGAAUCACAGCUAGAGCUUCUUCAUUCUCAGUGAUCUCUACCUAAUGAAGUGAGAAAAAAGGUUCAGUGUUUCAUUUCUUCUGUUAGAAUUUGGUUAAAUCUGUGUACUGUAAAUUUUAAGCAAUAUUGCCAAACACAACUCAGAGCAACGUACCUUUGUACUGUUGACACAUCAGUGACCUCUCAAUGUCACAAACAUUAUCGGGAUAGUAGGUUGUCUUGAAAUAAAUGUAGUAUUCAGGAUAAUGAAAUUCUCUUUAUUGUCUUUUCUUUCUAUGAGUGUGGCAGCAGAGGAGUGGAGAACAUUUGGAUAAGAGUUUCAGCGGUUUACCAUUUAAAUUAGCCUUUUUAUGUCUAUUUUAAUGUAAUCACUUUUAUUGGAGUACAUUGGAAUUGAAGCCCUUCUUGCUUUUAAAGCAGUGCAUUUUAUGGCAGUACCUUUACUUGCACUUGACAACUACUCACGUAACGGUACUUUUACGUGAAUAGGAUGCUGCAGUGUCUUCUCCACCACUGAUUUCCCGUCCAUCCCUGCUCCAUUUUAUUAAUACUGCCCAUAUGUUGUGAAUUAUCACCAUUCCCUCCCCUGCUAAGCUCGACAAGCAAUUUUAUUAACACUAGUUUUGAUCCCAAAUGCAUAGGAGGGGGAGUGAGGGAAAAUGGGCUCUGCUGGAAUUAGAAGCAUAUGUUUAUCAGGGAGAUUUUCACAGUAAAGCCACUUUGAUCUGUGAUUAGUCAGAGAUUAGCUUUGGGUAAAAUCUUGGCGAGUGGACAUGAAUAUGUCUCUGCUCAUCACAGGUCAGGAUGUGUGUUGUCUGGGUCUGUGGCCUGUCAAUAAUAAAUCAAAAGAAAGUGGUUUGACAGGUUAGUUUGAAGAACUUACACAGCUUUUUCAUUCCUCUUCAUUUUAAAUGUUCAAAUGUACAAUUUUUAAUAUUUCGUGCCACUUGUUAGUUAAAUAGGUGUGAUUCCAAAAAAAAAACAAGUUACAGUGGGAUGAAUCUAUAUAAUUACAUUUACAUACAUAAUUACAUUUUUUAAAAGUUAAGUUAAACCUAAUCCUGUGAGAGUCUACACCCUGAAAACCUGUCCAUCGGAAGAAAAGAAAUAAAUGAAAACAGUUGUCAAAU